AAAGCUAAGACAACACUCGGCAAACCAAAGAAGUUCUCACCUUCUCAUGGCUUUCCCUACCCUAUUCAUUUGGGUUGCUCUUCUCCUCCCCCUGCUUUUGCUUCUUCGCAAAAGGAAAACAGGUGUCAAUAAAGAGCUCAAGCAUCUUCCACCAAGCCCUCCUAAGCUUCCAAUUCUAGGAAACUUGCACCAGAUUGGUGCAAUACCACACAACUCCUUUUGGAAUCUAUCCAAAAAAUACGGCUAUGUCUUACUGCUUCAUCUUGGCCGCUUACCCCUCCUUGUAGUUUCAUCUGCUGACGCGGCAAGAGAUGUCUUAAAAGUCCAUGACCUCGCCUGCUGCAGCAGACCCCGGUUAGCUGGCACCAGAAGGCUUACCUACAAUUUUCUAGAUAUAGCCUUUUCACCCUACUCCACAUACUGGAGAGAGAUAAGGAAAACAGCUGUUCUCGAGCUUUUCAGUGUAAAACAAGUGCAAUCAUUCAGGUUCAUCAGAGAAGAAGAGGUUGCUUCACUGAUGGACUUGAUUUCGCAAGUUGCAGUUUCGGCAACUCCUGUAGAUCUUGGGGAGAAAAUAUUUUCUCUCACCGGAAGUAUAAUAUUUAGAGUGUCCUUCGGAACGAGUUUUCAAGGAAGUAUUUUAGACUGUCAAAAGAAACUCCAACAGUUGGUUCAUGAACUUGAGACUGUGAUAGUAGGCUUCACUGCAAAUGAAUACUUUCCUUAUGUGGGUUGGAUCUUCGACAGGAUUACUGGUCUUCAUUCAAAAGUGGAGAAAGUUUUCAAGGACAUAGAUACUUUCUUUCAACAUGUUGUAGAUGACCAUCUUAAACCUGGAAGAAGGGAACAACAUCGAGACAUUAUUGAUGUCCUGUUGGCAACAGAGAGAGACGGAAUUGAUCAAGAUGGUGCUGUUCAGCAAUCCAAACAUCAUGUCAAAGCAGUUCUCCUGAACGUAUUUCUGGGUGGAAUAGACACAAGUGCGCUUACGGUGCUUUGGGCCAUGGCAGAGUUGGUUAGGAAGCCAAGGCUAAUGAAAAGAGCACAAGAUGAAAUCAGAAACUAUGUAGGAAGGAAAGGAAAGGUAACAGAAGACAAACUUGAUCAGCUUCCAUACCUUAAGAUGGUUGUAAAGGAAACUCUGAGAUUGCAUCCUCCUGCCCCGCUGCUAAUACCCAGAGAAACCAUGUCUCCCUGUAAAAUCAGUGGUUAUGAUAUUGACCCAAAAACAAUAAUAUUCGUUAAUGCUUGGGCCAUAGGAAGGGAUCCUAAGCAUUGGAAGAACCCAGAAGAAUUCUCACCAGAAAGGUUUGCUGAUGGCUUGAUUGAUUUUAAAGGGCAGAAUUUUGAGUACUUGCCAUUUGGAUCUGGUAGAAGAGGUUGUCCUGGGAUUUACAUGGGGAUUAUUACAACAGAGCUUUUACUUGCAAAUCUACUUUACUGUUUUGAUUGGAAAUUACCAGAUGGGGUGAAGGAGGAAGAUAUCGACAUGGAAGAAAAUGUUGGUGCUAGUCUUACUGUGGGCAAACAGACACCUCUCCUCCUCAUUCCAAUCAGUUACCUUCACUAGACACCAUAAGAAAAACUCAAACAAUACGAGCAUAUAUGUAAGUCUGCAUGUUCCCAAAAUAAAGUUCAAUGUAUCUCAAUGACGAUGAUGUGUGUUAACAGGCAUCAGGAAUAAAAUUGUUCCCCUUGA